CGUCAUCUCAGACGUCACAGCCUGCCGUUGGUCCAGCUGAGCUGGUCCAGCACCGAACCGAAGCCGAUAUUCGCUCCGGAUCUUCCAGAACCGGAACUUUCCUAAACGAGUUGGACCGAGAGGACAGAGACCGAACCGGGGCGGAACCGCAGCCGUUAACGCUGGUGACGUCAGACUGCCUGUUUGUCACUUACCGGAACCGACCAGGAUCGGUGGGACCGAGCGGCGAUGGAGAGGAAGAGGACGGACUGUCCGGCUCUGCCGCCCGGAUGGAAGAAGGAGGAAGUGAUCCGGAAGUCCGGACUGAGCGCCGGAAAGAGUGACGUCUACUACUACAGUCCGACAGGAAAGAAGUUCCGGAGUAAGCCUCAGCUGGCUCGUUACCUCGGAAACGCCGUGGACCUGGCAUGUUUUGACUUUCGCACGGGGAAGAUGAUGCCUGGAAAGCUGCAGAAGAACAAGCAGAAGUUCCGACACGACGCACUCAGCCUGGCUAAGGGAGGGAAACCAGACCUGAACACGGCUCUGCCCAUCAGACAGACAGCGUCCAUUUUCAAACAGCCUGUUACCAAGGUAACCAGUCACCCUGGAAACAAGGUGAAGACAGACCUGCAGAGGGCCGUUGAGCCGCCCCGACAGCUGUUCUGGGAGAGGCGGCUCAGAGGUUUGCGCUCAUCAGACGUCUCUGAGGAAGUCCUCCAUGCCAUGGAGCUCCCCAAAGGCCUGCAGGGUAUCGGGCCGGACUCUAGCGAUGAUGUUCUGCUGUCGGCCAUCGCCAGCGCGCUGCACAUGAGCUCGACUCCCAUCACGGGCCAGACGUCGGUGGCAGCCGAGAAGAACCCGACCAUCUGGCUGAACACCGCACAGCCGCUCUGCAAGUCCUUCACCGUGACGGACGAGCAGAUCCGGGAGCAGGAGCUGAAGGUCUACCAAGCCCGGAGGGUUCUGGAGGAGGCGCUGACCGCCGACGGCUUGGCUAGAGCCGCUGAGAACAGCCGGGUUCCACUCCGAGGGAAGACGGCGUAACAACGGACAGGGCCCUCCUGUCCACCUUCCUCAGGGAUCUCCUCCUCAUCUUCAUCCAGCCUCUAACCCUGACCCCCCCCCCACAGACCCGUCAGCGACCAACCAGCUCUCCUUCCACCUCGUUGCCUCGCCAAACCUCCUUUGGACCCAGAGCAGCAGGACCGACGGCUUUGGCAGCAAACCGAGCCUCAGCAGAACCGGCGCCAUCUGGACUCAGCAGUGCCGCCAUUAACGCGCGGAGAGCGGCGCUAUCCCGUGACCCCAGCUCAGGCUGCUAACCCCCACAGAGCUCCUGAUUGGUGGAGGCUAUCAUGACCUUCAGGGAUUAAUAUAAUGAUGAUGACGAUGAUGAGAGUUUACAGAUUCAAAACUUAUUUAAAGAAAUUUUAUACUUCAGAGAAUUUUAGUGGAUGCUUCUUCAG